UUAACUGAAUAUAAAAAUGAAAAAUAAAACGAAAAUUUUCAAACACUUGAAUAUAUGCCACUUGAACUUUUAAAAGGAAAUCCUAAAACCUUUAGUACAGAUUAUUGGUCAUUAGGGAUUUUACUUUAUGAAAUGAUUGUUGGAAUUACUCCUUUUUAUUAUGAGAAUGAAGAAGAAAUAACUAUUUAAUUAAUAUAAGAAAAUUAAAUAUAUUUUCCUUCAUAUAUCGAAAUUUCUGCUUCAGCAAAAGAUAUGGUAUUCAGUCUUUUAAAGAGUGAUCCUAUGAAAAGAAUAGGAGUUAUAAAUGGCAUUUUAGAAUUUAAAUAGCAUUAAUGGCUUUAAGAUGUUGAUUGGGAAAAAAAUGCUAUUAAAUUAAAUAUAUAUGAUAAAGAUAAUAUCUUUAAAUACCUUGACUAUAAAGACUUAAUUAAUAGAGAUAAUUUAUUAUGA